AUGCCUAUCCUUUACUGCCCGCUGUGCGGUAUUUGUUUGCUACCCGAUCCUCUCCUCCAAGAUGAUCCAGCUCCGCCAUUAUCGCGCUCUCGCCCCUGGUUCGCCGAAGUGCAGGGGAUUGUCAUCCAACCUGGGAAGAAUCCCCGGGACGCCGAUGCGAUACUCACCGGCAUAGGCAUUAUCCGCGAUGACAACAUCCUGCUUGCGGCCCCCGAUAGCGGUGUUUGUUACCUCGGCCACCAUAACCUGAACAAAUGGGUGCUCUGCGAAACCUUCGUAUACAACGGCGGCUUUGGCGUUCAUGCUGCCUGCUGGAAGUUGCUGGUUCUCAGGCUGGGACCCAUGUAUCGAAAAUCCAAGACCGACGUCUUGACCGCCAUGUUCUCGCUCUUGUGGUCGACCCCUUGCGUCAACUCUUCCAGCUUCGAUUUCGGGCACGACUAUGACGGCGCAGAGAUAGUACAAGGCCUUCGUGUGCGUCCGUGGACUGCCAGCUUGUGCUCGCGUUUAUAUGCGCACCCCUUUCGUAUUCCCCAGCUCGAUGACCUGGACGGAGCCUUAACAUCCGAUACUGCGGAAAACAAGGAAGAGCCAGAGUCAGGUCCGCGCCUUUUUGGACUGCUCCCCCCUGAAUUGAAGGAUGAUAUAUUCUCGUAUCUAACCUACGACGAAGUGGAAAUCAUGCGACUCGUUUCACCAGACAUGGCACAGCUUGGGGCCGAUCAUAAGCUCCCGCAGGAGUACUGGAAAAGCAGAUUCAUGCUUGGGCAGGAGACGGACUUCAUUUUCCCAGACCUCCAGGACAAAAGAAAUUGGCGCGGGGUUUUCUUCGCUGUCAAGACGUAUUUGGAGUUGGAGGACGCAUCCAUGGUUAAUCGGCGGCGCAUCCGGAUUCUUAUAGAGCCUAUUGCCGCUCUCCUAGAAGAACGCGCUGCCAUGGGACUACCUAUGCCAGACGGGCUUCCUCUCGUAUCCGUAUAUUGUCAGAACGGCGUCCGUUGUAUGAGAAGCCAAGGGGGUGAAGAAUAUGCGUAUGUCAUCGUGUAUGAUGAGGAUUUAUUCUCCAGCCACAUUUCUUCGAUCGAUGCAGACAGUGUGCUUCAGCUUGGAUGCCGUCGACUCAACUGGGUGAUGUACCCCCUAGAACGAUUAGACCAGGUUCAGUACAAUGCUAUAGUAGUGUCAACAGUUCGCCUCGGCUCGCGCCGAUUUGUUUCCGGAAUCUGUCUGCGUUCGGAUGAUUCGGACACUACCCACGCGCCCUGGGUUGGGUAUCCUGAAUACACUCAAAAGGUGUGGAUCAAAAUACCGCGGGCGUCCAGACUCGAGUCAAUCUCUAUUGCGUUUUGCGCGCAGGGCCUCAGAGGAAUAAGGUUCAAUUUCACGAAUUCGGAGUCAUCGGGCUGGGUUGGCGACAGCACCGGCACGGGCGUUGCCUGCGGCUUGCUGUUUGUCCCAACGACUAGGCCAUGGGCCCUGGUAGUAGGAACAGAUCAUUUCAAGCUCGUCUCGCUUGGCAUUGGCGUAUUAUCGACAAAUUCGGAAACGCCCCCCGAACAACCACGAGAGGCUCUACACACUGCACUGUCGCACUUGUGGAUCAAUGCUAUCCCGUCCCAUCAUGGCCUAUUCCUAGGCGACGCCCGGCCGCCGAUUGCUUCACGUCUGUUCGAGCCUCUCGUUAAUUUCGAUUUUGGCGGACCGAAGGGUCUCCGCCUAUCUUGCUUGACAAGAUUCGUAUUCUACAUGGGGGGAGACGACGACGGAAUCCUGGGAAUUGAGGCAAUUUACACCGACGGAAACACGGUGCUUGUGGGCCGCAGGGGAGGAUGCGAGCUAUCCUUCCCUAUUGAUGGAUUGGAAGGGGAGCGAGUAAAUAGGGUUGGUGUUUUCGAUAAUUCCCGUCUCCCUGGCGAUACCCAGUCAACCGAAAACCGUUAUUUUGGAAUACAGCUUGCCACUAAUUAUGGCCGGACCGCCACGUUCGCUACCAUCAAAUCACGAUUGGCAAGAACCGUCCUUUACUCCGCCAAUAGAUACCCCCAGUAUGCCAUAACUGGGUUUGCGAUUGGUUACGAGCGGCAUAGAAAUCGAUUGGGCCGCAUUGCUUUGCAAUAUCAAAAGUCCGAACCGUCGGGCAUUAACCCACCUGUAUCGUUCAAAAUGUCACAUGAGGCAGUGUACAAAAAUCUAGAAUACGAUAUCGGGCUUUCAAGGCUCACGGACUACCCGGGUGGCAGUAGUUACCAAACUCAUGCAACUCUCGCAGGCGUGCGAAGAAUCCAGGCGUCGAUCGGCGUCGAAGGCAGAUCCAGAGCCCCAAAUAGCAUCUGCGGGUUGAAGUUCGAGUACGACGACAGUAGCGUAUCCAUAAUAGGACAAUGGAUGGAGCCAUAUGACACCUUGAAGCUCGGGCCAAAUGCACAAGUACAAUCCCUGACAGUCUGGGUAAACCGCUCCCGAAAGGCGCAAGUCUCGGCUAUCAGGAUCCGGACGAGCGAUUCCCGCGCUAUGACCUUCAUUCCACGUGGGCUUUGGGAUCUUCCAAAUGGAGACUUAAGACACGACUACGGAACUGGACCGGGGGAGCAAGUUACGGAUAUAUUCUGGGUCUUGAACGAUUGUUUCGACCGAGUCCGUGCUGUCGUAGCCCAGAAGGACCAGCGGCCGUCGACCUUACUCCCCAAUCAAUACCCCCCAUUUGACGCAGUACAAAAAUUAUAUUUUGAGCGGAUAGCGGAUGAUGGGUCCAGAGACAGGGUUGUUACCGCCAAAGCGUAUUUCCUCGCAACAGCGUUAGUUGGGCUGAAAUUCAUUUACGCCUCUGGGGGCAAGGCGCAGAUUGGUGAUACCAAGAACAUUCACGACCAUCGCGUCAAGGUUCGCUUUGCUGAAAAGGCACGCGUUGUGGGCAUGCUCGCUGGAAUAAGGGACAACCAUAUUCGCUACUUGAAGUUACACCUUGAUUAUUACCGCAAGCAGCCGUUAUCCAAGUACCCGGUGAAGCAGUUCAGCUACAAUAUAGACCUAGUGUCACCGCUUGAAGACAUUUACACCGCGAACUACAGCUGCCAAAGCGCAUGGUGCAGGGACAAAGACGCGGCGGCAAAGUUCCCAAGAGCCCAAGCCAAUCACAAUAUCUAUGCGCCGCCAAGUAGCGGUGGUUCACUGGCUGGUUUAUUUGUGAGAUGUCAGCAAUUCUCAUGCUUGGGUGCAUUAUACGAGUGA